CCGCUCGGUCUGGAGACUGCGAGUGAGCGCGAGCAGAUCCUGGCUCAGUGCAAGCGGGCGAAGCUGUGUGCGCAAAGCGGCGCGCGGGUGCAGUGGCCGGGCACCGGGAGCUAGCCAGGUUGAGUGGGCUUAGGUCUGAACCGCGACUUCCCAGACUUCCCUGCUUGCCAAUGCUCCAGGAGCUCUCGGCGCCCAGUGGUCAGCGAACGAACGUCCGGGCUGUUGCGCUCCUGGCCAGCGAGGCGUGGCAGUCUCAGUCACCGACCCGGAGGUAAGAGGGCCCGGCCGGGGUCUCCAUGGCUUCUCGGCCGACCCCAGCCUCGGAGGGGAGGGAAGAACCCAGGUCCCGCGCCUCCGCCUGGCUUAGGGGAAGUGUUUACCGCCCUCGGCUUCUGUUUGUCCCUGUGCUGUGUAGUCUGCCUCUGUCUGUCCAAGCGUCUGUUGAUGGGCACACGCCCCUGUCUCUGUCCUCUGUGAGAUAUCUCUAAGAUCUGUGAUUCUUUACAAGCGGCAGGUGUCAGGGGGCGCUGGUGUCCCCAGAGCACAUUCAGCGGGAAACAGAUAUCUGCUUUUCGGUAGAUUUCCCCCCUUCUGAAUGUCAAGGGAGACUCUAGCCCCGGACAGUAUCUCGCCAAAGAGGGACUAUCUUGAAGGACCAGGACUCGGACAGAGCCCAGCCAUUAGGGAGCCAGCUCAGACUGUGCACUAGUGGGCGUGCGCCUAGCAACAGGUCUUCGCCCUGCUGCUUCUGGCUCAGCACGGUCUUCCCUCUGGUUUCCCAUCGUCUCCUCCAGCCUCUCAGGACAACGUUAGGCACCCAGAGACAAGCUAGAGCGGGGCGGGCAGAGGCAAUAGGAUGUUAGAUGACCGAGGGCCCCUGCUGAUAUUUAAACUGAGAUGCUAAACUGGCAGCGCUGGAAGAUUUGCUGGUCCUUGGCAAGGGACACCGGUCCGCUGCGAGAUGGGUUGCAUUAGGUUGAGAGGAAAGACAGGAUCCUGGAAGGGUCGUGGUCAGGUCUCCAGCUCUCCGCUUUGGAACCGAGGGCCAGUGACAUUCUGGAAUGGACCCCACGGGAUGCAUAAGCUCAUGAGAAUGGAGCGCACUGCGCCCGGGUCCCUCAGCCGCAGACUCGCUCUCAGCAACCGCCGCCGUUCCCCGAGGGUCGGAUACCACGGCCAUCCCAGGCAUGCAGCCAGCAGCCGGGUUUGAGGUUCUGAGUCCUGCUCCGAGCAGCCAACCCUGUCCACAGAUCAAAAGGAAUCUUAGCUUCCUCCAUCUGAAAGGAGUAAAGCUCAGGAAUAGUCUAUGGACACUGGGAGUCUUUCUGAGACUUUCAUCCACUGGUGAUGUGACUAGAGCAGAAGGACAUUUUCCCCUGGCUGACCUUGAAGUCCAGGCUCUCUUCUGUGGACUCCCAUGCAGUUUCCAGUUCGCUGCAUACUCAUGACUUUAUGGUCACAAACCCUAAACUGCAAGGCAGCUGUGGCUGAGGCUACUGGAAGAAAGUGCAGAGACUCAGGCACCUGGGACUCCUGGCAGCAGGAAGAGGAGGGACAUGCACCAAGCGUUUUAUGCUCCCACGGCUCCGCAGCCCUGGAAGGCCUGUCAAGCACAAGACUUGGGGAUAUUGAGCUUUUGAAAAAUUUGGGCUUAUAAUAGUGAAGAUUUGUGGGGUUGGCCUACAGUUGGCUUUCAGAAAGUGGUGUCUAUUUUCUUUCACACCAGCUUUGCUAAAGGAGUUCACUAGAGUCUUCAAGGGACAGGCCAGCUCAGGCCAGUGUGACCUGAUCUCUGAGCAGCUGUCCAACCUUGCCAGGGCAGUGACCAGCCAGUCUGCAGCCCACGGCUUCCUGGAGAGACUUCUAGUGUUAUUACACUGUGUGCUUUUCCAAGGCCUUCAACAACUGGGACCUGUUUCAAGGCCAUCUUACCAGUGAGAAGACGAAUCCUAACUCUUGCUGCCAGAAAGCUUGUAGAAGCCAUUUGAGAAAGCUGCCCUCCCUUGGAGAACAAUUCCCAAGAGAAAUCUGGGAGCCUUUGAGGAUUCACAGAGCAUUUCUCAAAUUGGAACACCCUGCUGGGAUGGGAGCUGCCAGAAGACUGGAUUCCUUCAAGGCCUUGAACUUCAGGGCUGUGCUGACCGUCAGCUGGCUCAUCCUGGUUCACUUCCCUGGGGUCACAUCCACAGCAGUGCCAGCAGAGUGCCCUGACAAGAACCCUGAGCUGCAGCCCUGGAACCCUGGCCAUGACCAGGACCACCAUGUACACAUUGGCCAGGGCAGGAUGCUGCUGCUCACUUCUUCUGCCACAUUCCAUUCCAUUGACAUUUCAGAGGGAGGCAAGCUAGUCAUUAAAGACCAUGAUGAACCCAUUGUUUUGCGCACCCGACACAUCCUGAUUGACAAUGGAGGAGAACUGCAUGUUGGGAGUGCCCUCUGCCCUUUUCAGGGCAAUUUCAGCAUCGUGUUAUAUGGAAGGGCUGAUGAAGGUGUUCAGCCAGACCCUUACUAUGGCCUGAAGUACCUUGGAGUCGGUAAAGGAGGCACCCUUGAAUUGCAUGGACAGAAAAAACUCUCCUGGACAUUUCUGAACAAGACGCUUCACCCGGGUGGCAUGGAAGAGGGAGGCUAUUUUUUUGAAAGGAGCUGGGGCCACCGUGGAGUUAUUGUUCAUGUCAUCGACUCCAAAUCAGGCACGGUUGUCCAUUCUGACAGAUUUGAUACCUACAGAUCCAAGAAAGAGAGUGAACGUCUGGUCCAGUAUUUGAAUGCAGUGCCCGAUGGCAGGAUCCUUUCUGUUGCAGUGAAUGAUGAAGGGUCUCGAAACCUGGAUGACAUGGCCCGGAAGGCGAUGACCAAACUGGGCAGCAAACAUUUCCUACACCUGGGAUUCAGACACCCUUGGAGUUUUCUCACUGUGAAAGGAAAUCCCUCUUCUUCAGUUGAAGACCAUAUUGAAUAUCAUGGACACCGUGGCUCUGCUGCUGCCCGGGUUUUCAAACUGUUCAAGACGGAACAUGGGGAAUAUUUCAAUGUUUCUUCAUCCAGUGAGUGGGUUCAAGAUGUGGAGUGGACUGAGUGGUUUGACCAUGAUAAAGUAUCUCAGACUAAAGGUGGAGAGAAAAUUUCAGACCUCCAUGUUGCUUACCCUGGAAAAAUCUGCAACCGUCCCAUUGAUAUACAGGCCACUACAAUGGAUGGAGUUAACCUCAGCAUUGAGGUUGUCUACAAAAAAGGCCAGGAUUAUAGGUUUGCUUGCUAUGAUCAGGGCCGAGCCUGCCAGAGCUACCGUGUGCGGUUCCUCUGUGGGAAGCCUGUGAGGCCCAAACUCACAGUCACCAUCGACACCAAUGUGAACAGCACCAUCCUGAACUUGGAGGACGAUGUGCGGUCAUGGAAACCUGGAGACACCCUGGUUGUUGCCAGUACUGAUUACUCCAUGUACCAGGCAGAAGAGUUCCAGGUGCUUCCCUGCAAAACCUGUACCGCCAACCAGGUCAAAGUGGCAGGAAAGCCGUUGUACCUACAUAUUGGGGAGGAGAUGGACGGUGUGGACAUGCGAGCAGAGGUCGGGCUCCUGAGCCGGAACAUUGUGGUGAUGGGAGAGAUGGAGGACAAAUGCUACCCCUACAGCAAGCACAUCUGCAACUUCUUUGACUUUGAUACCUUUGGGGGCCACAUUAAGCUUGCACUGGGGUUUAAAGCAGCACACAUGGAGGGCGUGGAGCUAAAGCACAUGGGGCAGCAACUGGUGGGUCAGUACCCAAUUCACUUCCACCUGGCUGGAGAUGUGGAUGAAAAAGGAGGCUAUGACCCACCCACAUACAUCAGGGACCUUUCCAUUCACCACACCUUCUCCCGCUGUGUCACCGUCCAUGGCUCCAAUGGCCUGUUGAUCAAGGAUGUUGUGGGCUAUAAUUCGUUGGGCCACUGCUUCUUCACGGAAGAUGGGCCAGAGGAACGCAACACUUUUGACCACUGCCUUGGCCUCCUCGUCAAGUCUGGAACCCUCCUUCCCUCUGACCGUGACAGCAAGAUGUGCAAGACAAUCACGGAGGACUCCUACCCAGGGUACAUCCCCAAGCCCAGGCAGGACUGCAAUGCUGUGUCCACCUUCUGGAUGGCCAACCCCAACAACAACCUCAUAAACUGUGCUGCUGCAGGAUCAGAGGAAACUGGAUUUUGGUUCAUUUUUCACCAUGUACCGACAGGCCCCUCUGUGGGAAUGUACUCCCCAGGUUAUUCAGAACACAUUCCACUGGGAAAAUUCCAUAACAAUCGAGCACAUUCCAACUACCGGGCUGGCAUGAUCAUAGACAACGGAGUCAAAACCACAGAGGCCUCUGCCAAGGACAAGCGGCCCUUCCUAUCUAUCAUCUCAGCCAGAUACAGCCCUCACCAGGAUGCUGACCCGCUGAAGCCCCGGGAGCCAGCCAUCAUCAAGUACUUCACAGCCUACAAGAACCAGGACCAUGGGGCCUGGCUUCGUGGUGGGGAUGUGUGGCUGGACAGUUGCCGGUUUGCUGACAAUGGCAUUGGCCUGACCCUGGCCAGUGGUGGAACAUUCCCAUAUGAUGAUGGCUCCAAGCAGGAAAUAAAGAACAGCUUGUUUGUUGGUGAGAGUGGCAACGUGGGAACGGAAAUGAUGGACAACAGGAUCUGGGGCCCCGGAGGCUUGGACCACAGUGGAAGAACCCUCCCUAUUGGCCAGAAUUUUCCAAUUAGAGGAAUCCAGUUCUACGAUGGCCCCAUCAACAUCCAGAACUGCACCUUCCGAAAGUUUGCUGCCCUGGAGGGACGGCACACCAGUGCCCUGGCCUUCCGCCUAAACAAUGCCUGGCAGAGCUGCCCUCACAACAAUGUGACCAACAUUGCCUUUGAGGACGUCCCGAUUACUUCCAGAGUGUUCUUUGGAGAGCCUGGGCCCUGGUUCAACCAGCUGGACAUGGAUGGGGAUAAGACAUCCGUAUUCCAUGACGUCGAUGGCUCUGUGUCUGAGUACCCUGGUUCCUACCUCACCAAGGAUGACAACUGGCUGGUCCGGCAUCCAGACUGCAUCAAUGUUCCUGACUGGAGAGGGGCCAUCUGCAGUGGGCGCUAUGCACAGAUGUACAUUCAGGCCUACAAGACCAGCAACCUGCGAAUGAAGAUCAUCAAGAAUGACUUCCCUACCCAUCCUCUUUACCUGGAGGGGGCCCUCACCAGGAGCACCCAUUACCAGCAGUAUCAGCCAGUCAUUACCUUGCAGAAGGGCUACACCAUCCACUGGGACCAGACGGCCCCUGCUGAGCUGGCCAUCUGGCUCAUCAAUUUCAACAAGGGCGACUGGAUUCGAGUGGGGCUCUGCUACCCACGAGGCACCACAUUUUCCAUUCUCUCGGAUGUUCAUAAUCGCCUGCUGAAGCAAACAUCUAAGACGGGCACCUUUGUAAGGACCUUACAGAUGGACAAAGUGGAGCAGAGCUAUCCUGGCAGGAGCCACUACUACUGGGAUGAGGACUCAGGGCUGCUGUUCCUGAAGCUCAAAGCCCAGAACGAGAGGGACAAAUUUGCCUUCUGCUCCAUGAAAGGCUGUGAGAGAAUAAAGAUCAAAGCUCUGAUCCCCAAGAAUGCAGGUGUGAGUGACUGCACAGCCACUGCCUACCCCAGGUUUGCAGAGAGGGCUGUAGUGGACGUGCCCCUGCCCAGGAAGCUUCUCAGUGCUCAACUGAAGACAAAAGACCACUUUUUGGAGGUGAAGAUGGAAAGUUCCAAGCAGCACUUCUUCCACCUUCGGAACGACUUUGCUUAUAUUGAAGUGGAUGGGAAGAAGUACCCUAGCUCGGAAGAUGGCAUCCAGGUGGUGGUAAUUGAUGGGAGCCAAGGACACGUGGUGAGCCACAUGAGCUUCAGGAACUCCAUCCUGCAGGGCAUUCCAUGGCAGCUUUUCAAUUACAUUGCAACAUUUCCUGACAAUUCCAUAGUUCUCAUGGUGUCAAAGGGAAGAUACAUCACCAGAGGUCCAUGGACCAGAGUGCUGGAAAAGCUUGGGGCAGACAAAGGUCUCAAAUUGAAAGAAAAGAUGGCAUUUGUUGGCUUCAAAGGCACCUUCCGGCCCAUCUGGGUGACUCUGGAGACAGAGGACCACACAGCCAAGAUCUUCCAAGUUGUGCCCAUCCCUGUGUUGAGGAAGAAGAAACUGUGAGAACAGCUAUCACGCUGGUGCCUCCCAUGGUAGACUAUAAUGGCGGGGCAGCAGAGGCAGGAUGGGUGGCUUUCCAGCCCCUGUCCAGCAGCUGCCUGGGAGGCUGUGAAUCAGCCCUGAUGGGCAAGGGAAGGAUACUGGAUAAUCCUGGUGCUGCUACCUGCCCCCACUCAAGCAUCUACCUGCAGCCCUCGGGCAGUGUUGGCCAAGGAUGGAAGUCUUCUCUUUCCUGCAGCCUCUUGGGUGCUUCUCUCUUAUCUGUGCCUCUUUGGUGGGGAUGUGGGGACCAUAUGAGAAGCCCUGGGCUGUGCUGGCAGCUACACUGCACUUUGGCAGAGCCCUGCCCACACAGUAGAUAUCUGGAAGGUUGCAUCACUCAUGGAUCCCAUGGUCACCAGCAGAUGCGUUAGGGGACAGAAGUAGGGGAAAGAGCCCCGAUCUUAAGCAAAUCUUUAUUCCUGUAAACGAGGACCAGUCUUCAUGGGAAUAGGAGCUAGUGUGUCAACAGAGCUCCCCAAGAUGGGGCUGGCUACCCCUGGGAAGAAGCGAUUCCUGCUUCUGGAGGUGUCCCACUUUCAGGAGAUUUGGCACAUUGGUACUUGGACGAGGUGACUCUUAAAGGCCAAUUCAGUUCUAAGAUUCAGGAAGACUGUGGCUUUUCACUUUGUACCCAGAACCCAGCGGUAGAUGAUUCUUUUCAGCCAGUUCCAUGAUAUGGGGUGGCCUGGGGCACCCAGGAUGGAGUGGUGAGAACAUACCUUGUGGAGAGGGGCUCAGGGAAGUGAGUCAAGCAGCCACAGGUCUAAGUGCACUCUGAUUCCAAACAAAGAAGCCCAAGAGAGGUGAAAUGAGGUGAUGAAAGUUGAAAGAAGGGAAUAUUUGCAUCUGCUUGGGUGGGUCCAGAAGGCCUCUCACUCCAGGAGGCAGCAGCACUUGCAGAAAUGAAGGGCAAAGGCUUUUGCUGGAGAGAGGCAGGCUGGCCUCUGUAGUGUUUCAGAGGUGGAGUCUUCCUGCCGUCACCUGCUGAAGCUGGUUGAUGAAGGGUUACUCUUUUCUUUCUGCUACCUGACCCACUUGUGACAGAGAACCAUGGUCAGAGGGAGGAAUGGUCUGUGCUUGUGAUGCCAAGAGCCAUGUGGAAUUUGGUCCCUAGCCAGCCCCCUGAUGACUCCAAGGAAAUCAUUGGCACUUCCUCCAGGGAACUGAGAUGACUCAGGAGACUCUAGAGAGGUCAUGUGUCAAUAAGCCUGCAACUUCAGAGCUGGAGGACAUUGGGAGCCAUCUAGUCCAACCCUUUAUCUCCCAGCUGGGGAAAAUGAAGCUCUAAGAUGGGAAAGAACUGCAGACAGGGCAGGACCCCAGGAGCCCACUCCUAGCACUUGUGCCAUACCACAUUGCCUCCACAACCAGCCAGGACGCCAGUACUCCUGAAGUAGCUUCUGGAAAGGGGACAAAUCCCUUGAAAGAAAGAAAAUAAUCAGAAUAGAAUGAUCUUUAGCUCAUAGCUAUUUCUUUCCUGCUCCUCUGCACACACAAUCCUACCCUACUUCUGGUAUUGUGGUCCCUGCAGCCUGCACCUUGCCCCCCCCCUUGCCCGCCAGACCACACUUGGGCACAUGGUGGCUGCAGGAACCCUCUUGGUGCUACCUGUUUCUGCAGUUCUGCAGGUGGAGCCCAGUGGAUGGCUUCAGGAUGUGACAGCGUGUUUCUGGUGAGGCAGGUGGGGGGGUCCGAAGAACUGUUGGCUCCAGCCCAGGGUCUCUCAGCCACUGCUCAAGACCCUGCUCUCCCCCUUUCCCACCUGGGAGAGAACUCAGAGAGCCCCUAGAUGAGGGAAACCUUUAUCUGUGGUCUAUACUUGCUCAUGAGACACCAAGGUCUCCCUGGGUCUCACAAACUACCUUUGUCCCAUUUCCUGCCCCAAUCAUUAACUCUUUCCCUCAAAGAGGGCAGGCUUGCUUGACUCUUUCUGCCCAGUUGCAUCCAUGAGACUUGGUCCCAGAGCCCACUCCCAAGGUUGAGCCAACUGCCAGAGGAAUCAUUCCUAUUAAACUGAUCUUCCAGCUGCUGGGAGGUGACAAUGGGACCCUGCCUCUUAAGACAUGGCUACUCCAAAGGCCAAAAUCAAAGGAAGGGCCUCUUCUGGGUGGAUGAGUGACAGUAGAGUUAAAAUGACCUCAUGCCCUUCCUGUCUACAGUUUGGUUGAAAUUUCAAACUCUUUCAAGCAAGGGUCUCACACUGUGAACCACUUAGGAUAAGAUCACUUUCAGGUGGCCAGGAAUGUUGAAUGUCUUUGGCUCAGUUCAUUUAAAAAAAUAAUCUUUUGGAAAGUUCUCAGAGUUGUAUAUAUGUUCAAUAGCACAGGACCUGUACAUAAAACUUUCUCUCCUAAACCAUUCAGCAAGAGUCAAUGUCCAGGAGUUUCCCUGAUAGCGCAAAUUUCCUUAUUGUAUAGAAAAUUGUUUUUGUUGUUCUGUUUCUAAGUGUUACAAUUGAUUAAGGCCUUUAAACAAAAAAGCAGUCCUCUGAAAUACUUGUCUUUUUCCUGUUGCCGAAAUAGCUGGUCCUUUUUCGGGAGAUGGAUGUAUAGUGUGUUCUGUAUGUAAACAUUUCUUGUAGGUGUCACCAUGAACAAAGAUAUAUUUUCUAUUUAUUUAUUACACAAGCAUUUCAAGAAGUCACUGUCAGAGUAAUGAAGAAUUGUCUUAAGUGUCAUGUUUGGGAUGUCCUUUGGACUGCUUGGAAGAAGUUCCCAGAGCCAAGAGAUUAGUUCUGGUUCACAAAACCUUGUUGUACCAUGGUAAACACACAAAGGAUGUCACCAUGUUGUCUGAUUAUUUUGUUUUCCAUUAAAAUGGGCCUCAUUUAAUUCAGUUCUCUAAGAAAAA